AUGACCGCGCCGGACAACGACACAGUGCAGCCUGUCGCUGCAGACGAGCCGCCAACCACCGCCUCUGCCUCGCCGCCGCGCCGCGACUCGAUUGAAGACGCCGACGCAAGCUUCACCCGCAAACGCCCCCGCCUACACAGCGGGAGCAACAGUCUAUGCGCUAUGCCUACCGACCCACAAACUCCCGUCAACACCGCCAUGUCGCCCUCGGAAAAGCAGGUAGAAAUGACAAUACGCUCACACCCGCCCUCUUCUCCGGUACACGGUGGAGAUGAGGACUACACCAAUCCUGACAACUUCCUCGAGGCUGCUUCUCCUACCCCGGGCCAGUCUCCAAUACUCAUUACUAGUUCCGAGGACGAGCGCGGGAGUCCGCCCAUCAUGAUAAUAGACGACGACGAUGAAGCAGACGCCUUCUCCGUGCAGGUGGACGCAGAAGAUUAUUUUCGCCGGUUCCCCUACGCACACCACGGGAGUUACUCCACGGUUGUUCGCGACCUGGCCAACCACGUUCAAGGAGUUGACAACGACAUCGAUCCCCACUUCUUUCCCAGCAUUUCGCAAUGGCUGACCGAUCUACCCGAGCCUGGCCCCCAGGUAGACUUACACGGUUUCUAUACGAGCAAGGCCAUGUUUUGGGACGACCUCGCUGGACUGGUGCACAAUUUGCUCUCACGCAGGGCUACGUUUAGCCACCAUUUGGAUGAUCGUCGUGCGGGCGACAUGUUCUACGCUUUCCUCAGUGCCUACGUCAGGGCAUGCUCCCUCCUCCUCCUCGCCGACGUAUGGCUACUCUCCCAACCUCGUCCCGGCGAGAUAUAUUCUUUGCCUCUUCUUAGUCAGAAGCAUAUGCGAAACUGGUAUACCAUUCUUCGCCCGGACAAGGCACCUGCAUUCGCUAUGGUGAGCAAAGAAUAUUCUGUCGAUGUUCGCAAAAUGAUCGGAUUGUUACAAAAGGAUUUUAUGGCUGCCAACGGUGCCCAAAAUAUCUUACGGCUAUCCAGCGAGGCCUUCCACCGCGUGCCAUUGAGCGUGCAAACCCAGAUUGCGUUGGUUGCCGCCCCGGUCCUGACUUCAUUGGGCGGCUCGAUGUUCCAGGAUCCUAGCCCUGCGACUGACCCCAAUCGCUCCGAGUUCUGUCGCGGAAUAUUGCAAUUCUUGGAGAAAUACAUGGACGACCUCUUCGACUUGAGUAGAACCACCGAUGCUGUCUCCGCUCGAGACUUGAUUCAGUACUUUCACGCGCUAUUAUUUGAGCUCUGUCUCUGGGAUAAGGAUAUCGAAUCGGAUCUGGUGGAUAAGUUCCUCGACUUCAGGAGCGUAGAUUCGCCGACUACUUCCUCUCCGACCGAAGUCGAUCGUACUGGACCCGAACACCAGUAUCGCGAUGAGCCUCAGUACUUUCCAGCUUUAGUCGCCAACGCUUGGAAGUUCAAGCUUCUGCGCCGAUACCUCACCAAAGGUAAGAUGGAUCUACGCGUCAUGAGUAUAGCUAUGAUGGAUGUUUCCUUGGUAGAGAUCUGGAGACAGUACAGCAACCCCGAUUCGACAGGCGAACACCCCGUCAUGCGAUAUCUAGCCGACUUUCUGCUUUAUGGGAACGUCGUUGACUACAUUGUCAGCGUCGACUCACACCCGCAACUGAUCGCGCGCAGCGGUAACAUCGUUGGUUUUCUUGUCGUAACUAGACGUUGGACAGAUGACCAAGCGGAUGCUAUCUGGAACACCGUUGCCAAUAGUCCUGACCCUCGUGUCGUUACCGCGACACUGGCCAUGCUUAGAGCAAUCAUGCACAUGAUGAGGCCUGCAAAUCACUUGUACUUUUGUACGAAACUUUAUGAAUUGCCUAUCAGGAGCUACACCGUGGAUAUUACUCGAUUCCUGCGGGAGCUGGGCCCAAAGAUCUUGGAGAAAGCAUCACCGGAAGAUUAUGCUGCGAGAGAAGAUACUGCUAGGCCAUGGAAUGUUUGCACCCGCAUCAUCCGCGACACAAUGUGCCAGGCGGAUACGGACAAAGACAUGUUAGACCUGCAUCACGAGGCUGCUAAUUACCUGUCAGCUCUGGCUCCUAAUGUCUCUGUUGAAGAGCGCCAUUCCAUCUACAGAGAUUGUGCGGAUCACAUUUACAGUCAUUCGACGAAAGCCACUGGAAGCGCAAAAGUCAUCUACGCGCUCGCCGCACCAAUCCCUUCUGAAGACGAGAAUUUUUUCCAAAAGAAUCAGGAUGUCACACGCAAGAUUCUGGAUGAGAUCGCAUGGUUUGUCGAGACUGAGAGGAAUGCCGAAUCAUCCCUACGUCAACAAACAGCUCUAUGUUGCAGAUUGGAGCUUCUAGCACUUAUGAUCUGUUGCGCUGGGUCAGCCAUACCCGUUGAGAUGUAUGAGCAGCUGUGGGACUACACAAUCGGUACGCGUGCGCUAUCGAACACUACCAGGGAUUUGGCAUGGGCGCAAUUAUCCCAGACGCUCAAAUUCGCCCCGGACAACAACUACUGCAGACAACUUGUCUCUUCCCAUAUGGUACACAUGAACACCGGAAUUUACACGAAUGGCAUGUUCGAAUUUGUUGCCAACUAUAAUUUCCCGAUGAAGCGGCAGCUCGUGGGGACUGAUCAAGGAGAAAAGGGUGUGUUACAGAUCCCCGGUGCAGACGUGCUGUGGUCCAUGGUUUUAUCCUCACCGGAAGGCACUAUUGAGGAUCGCGCCGCCCGUCUUCUUGCCAGUCGCUACGUACAGAUCAACGAAGCCGAUGGCGUUAUGCUAGCAGAUGUGGAAGCCGCUCAUGUCGUUCUAGUGGAAAGAUGUAUGCAGGAGAUGCAUUCGGCAUGCAGGCUCAUACGCGCUCAAUCCUCCAAUGGAGACUUAUCGAAUAUGGAUGUCACUGCAACUGAGAAGAUGGUUCUUGAGAAUGAAGAGCGUUAUCGCAGGAUCAUUAACUUUCAGAAACUACUGCUGGAGAAGAUACGCCACAAACCAGAGUUCAACCGAAGUCGGAGAGCAGAUUCCAAAGUCGACGAAACAGACAUACCUUACGGUGACGCGAUCGCGAUCCGGUUUCAGUGCGGCAACGACAGGCAAGUCGUGAUGAUGGGUGCGGAUCAUACAGUAAAGGACCUCUACCAAAGAUUAUGUCACGUAUCGGGAUACACCAAAAUCAACCUUUUCGCAAAGGGUCGGCGGCUCAACAUCACUGAGAUGUCGAACGAGAAGCUUAAUGGCGUCGACUUUGGGGGACAGCUGUUAGUACAAAGGGCACCAGACGCGGAAGUCACUCGCCCGAUGCCCGGACAGGGUACGGGGUCUUCGGUGUUCGAAUCUACCGUACUCAAGCAUUUCGACGAACUGUUCUCCUUAAUGGACUCUGAUGACAACAUCAGUCAGAUGCUAUUUGAUUACUUGAGCUUCUUUCCGGCGCGGUAUAAUUUUGCAGAGAGCGUCGUGACCGGUGCGGCGCUAUCAGAGGAGCUCUUCCCUCCAGGGAAGUUCUAUCAGGCGAGAUACGCCGCUUUGGCUCUCGAGGCGAGGCUGGCAGAGCAAAUCCGUCAUAAGUCUAAUCUGGACGAGAAGUUCCUGGGCCAUGCCAUACGCCAGUUGAACGAGGCUCUUCUCAAUCCUCGGCUCAUCAGCGACAACAUCUCGAGCUUCCAAGAGCUGCAGCUUGCAGCGGUACUCGUGCAUGCUCUGUUGGAGUUCCUUAGAGAACGUCCUUCUCCCGCCGCUUCGGCUGCUUACUUCUCAGAUGGCGCACGGCUCGGAAACCGCCUUGUGGCGAUCCUAUGCAUGGCACUGGAAACAAAUGAAGAUGCUACCGUAAUCCAGGAUUGUUACGGCACUAUCCUAGAGGCCUCACUCCACUCUCGAGUUAUCUGGGAAGCGUUCGUUGAGCAUCCUCAAACUCCGCGACUCCACCGGGUUCUACUGUUGAGCGACCCCAGGCAGUCUGUGCGAGAGCAUGUCGCUCAGAAGAUCACAUCCGUCUGCGGUGGCGACCUUCCAUCCACAUGUCCGAUCACUAAAGGCGAGAUUGCCACACAAUUCUGGGCAGUCAUUUCCGAGCUCAUUCCGGGCUCAUUGUGCGUUCCCGCUCAAUCACAGCAACUGUUCAGCAUUGCCGAGCAAGUCUUCCGGGCGAAGGACGAGUACAAACGGGACGAACCUUCACUCCGACUUUACCUAACAUCUUGGAGCGACCUGCUCUUGGAUCACCAACAUCAGGAAUUUGUCGGCCGGGACGACAUCGACCGCGUCGUUUUUGGGCUUACGAAACUCAUACUGUGCUGCAUACUGUCACUCAAGUCUUUUAAGAAGCCUCUUGGUGCAGGCGACUUGAUGGAAAAGAUCUUCAGGAAGUACAUCUUUACGAAGAGCUCCUCUACUGCAGUGGUCAGCGCAGCCACUGCUCCCAUACUGGAGUCUCACACAAGGCAUGAGAUGUACGAUCUCAUGCUUGCACUAGCUGAGGAUAGCAGCACGUACAAUAGCCUGGUCAAACUUGCAGCAGACGUAGAGACCGAGGAGAAUGAGCCAGCAAUACCAACGCUUGCAGUCGAUCGCUCCUUGGAAAUACGCUCUAGCACAGGCUAUGUGGGUCUGUACAACCCUCGUGCCAUCUGCUACGCGAACUCGCUUCUCACGCAGCUCUUCAUGAACCUCAAUUUCCGCAAGUUUUUUCUCGGUUUGGAGCUUCAGGAAGCCAGUGGCUCUCAAAAACUUCUUCUUGAGACCCAGAGACUGUUCACGAACAUGCAGCAUUCCUUCCGCAAAGCCGCGGAUCCCCGGAGCUUUGCAGCUUGCGUAAGGAACUCAGAACUCAUGCCAAUAGACAUCAGCGUCCAGAUGGACGCAGAUGAAUUCUACAAUUCCCUCUUCGAUCAGUGGGAACGACAGCUCAUCAAGGACGAGCACAAGCAGCAAUUUCGCUCAUUCUACGGAGGGCAAACCUUGAAUCAGAUCAAAUCCAAGGAAUGUGAGCAUGUCUCGGAACGAUCAGAGCCUUUCUUUGCAAUACAAUGCGAUGUUUUGGGCAAAGCAACGCUACAGGAGAGUCUCCAGGCUUUUGUUAGAGGCGAUGUCAUGGAAGGCGACAACAAGUACAAGUGCGAGAAGUGCGACGGCAAAUACGUCGACGCAGUCAAGCGGACCUGUUUCAAGGAGGUGCCCGACAACCUCAUCUUCCACCUAAAGCGCUUCGAAUUCGACCUGGCCGAUUUUAGCCGUAGGAAGGUCUACGAUUAUUUCGAGUUCCCACCGACCAUUGACAUUAGCGCAUACCAUGUCGACCAUCUCAGUGACCCAAGCAAGCCAAAAGAAGCCGAUAUGUUCGAUCUUGUUGGUGUGCUCGUACACACGGGCACCUGCGAGCACGGUCAUUACUAUUCUUACAUUCGUGAGCGACCUUGUCCCACAGGAACCACGGCACAAACCUGGGUGGAAUUUGAUGAUAGCAGUGUUGGGUCUUUCGACCCAGCAGACAUUGCUUACAAAGCUUUCGGAGGCUUCACGGACGAUUCAUACAACCGCAUACCAAAACAAUACUCGGCAUAUAUGCUCUUCUAUCAACGCCGCACCGCUGUGGAUGAUGACCAGCGUGAGUGGGUCACUUCUGCAGACGGGAAAACGCUCAAGGUUCCCAUGCCGCCAACUCUCCAGAAGGAAGUUGAUUCUGCCAACGAGCUGUUUAUCCGAGAAUAUUCCCGCUUCGACCCCAAUCAUACAAGGUUCGUGCGGCAGCUGCAUGCUAUGUCACGUACACUCAACCACGGUUCUUGCUCCGAAGGCCACACGCAGAUGCGCAGCUUUUUCAUUGACUGUCUCAAAGUCUUGCGAGAGAAAGAGCCCGCUCUGUACGGUCUAGAGGGCGCUGACAACGAGAUGGAUCUGGAAUCUUCCACUCCGACAAACGGUAUACUUUCCGAGAUUACCGCUAGAUUACGUGCCAUUGCAGACGAAUCUUACAUGGCCGUACGGGGCUGGGAUGAUUUCUAUCUCACGCUGACUCAACUGGCCGAGAUGGGCCAUCUGGAAACCGGUCUUCUAUUGGACCAUGGCUUCCUGGUAUUCUGCUUGAGGCUACUCUGCAUGCACUCGUACGCUAGAUUCCAGGACGACCAACCCGAUCUCUGGAGAAUCAUAAGCAAGAAGUCGGGUAUCUACAACAGGUUCAUUGGAUUCGUAUCAGCGUUGCUCUCACGCAUGAACACGAGUCUGCAACCUCUUCGCCACGAGCACGAUCGUCUGUCUACGCUGGAUCGGGAGACCUCGAGGUUUCCACUAACAUUCCAUGAACGACAAGUUCUGUACCACUGGGACAGCGACCUGAAGGCGAUCGCGGUUCUAGACAAGGCCUUGGAAAUGUUCGAUGAGACAAAGUUGGAACACUUCCACCCGGGCGAUAUUGUCAAAUCGAUGCUCAAUUGGCAGGACCCACAAGUCCAGACUAAUCUUUUGAAGAGCAUCUACGAGGGUGUCUCCCUCGAAGCCCCUUUCUGCGAUUCUUACGUGAAAGCGGCACUCUCGUAUUGCGAGAGCUCUCCGAUGGUGGACAACGUUUACAAGAUCGUGACAACGGUUUCGAAGGCGGUCGCGUCAGCCAGUAGAAUGGACGAUGACCGUGUACCAGGAGGCUUGGCGGUUCUGGAUUUUGUUGGCGGUCUUCUGCAAACAAAGAAUGCGGCCAUCUUUCAACAAAAGCACCGACACAUAUUUUUCACAUGGAUCAUCGCGAAAAGCCGCAUAUGGGCCACUCCUUUGCUGCUACACGCACAAGACAGUGUGCGAAAAGGUGCACAUAUGCUGGUCUGCGAGCUAUACAAGAGCUACGAAGGAUGGCCUCUAGAUCUGGUGCAAAUGAGGUGGAGAGUACUCCGCGAGAUGGCCACCGACAUGAUGGAGCGCAUUCUGUACGAGAAGGAUCACGGCAUGCUCAAACUUCAUCUAUCUCCUCUCAUCGAAACUUGCCGAUUUCUCGUUCAGCAGCUCUACGAUCUGAUCCAUAGCGAGGAUCCCGAAUUGGAUCCAUACAGAGACGACACCAACGACAGCUCUCGAAUUGCACACUGGACUGGAGAGAUAGAGCCAAGGCUAGAGACAUGGCCACAGGACGAUGGCCUAUCAGCGGAAGAUCUCUAUGAUCAUUCCGACUUUGGUAGUGAUUCAGAGACUGACAACAUACACGAUAACAACAUGUAA